GGAUUUCGAUCUUCAGUCUUGUGAGGAGUGGAAUUUGAGUUCGAAAAUGGCGGUUCUGCAGCUUCCUUGUACGCGGACUAUUGAUAGUUCUUCUUCGCCAUUGUUGAGAGGUAGUAGCUCCUCGUUGUUUUGGGGAAGAAAUUUUAUACUGGCUGGUCCGAGGGUGAAAGCUCGAUUCAAUGGUCGAGUUGUUAAGGUUUUCGCGAUGACGGAUGGCUCUUCUUCUUCUUCUUCUUCUUCUUCAUUUAAGAUGAACCUCAAUGAGUACAUGGUUACUCUUGAGAAACCGCUCGGCAUUCGGUUCGCGAUUUCUGUCGAUGGAAGAAUCUUUGUUCAUGCGCUCAAGAAAGGGGGUAAUGCUGAAAAGUCAAGAAUAAUCAUGGUGGGGGACACUUUAAAGAAGGCAAGCGAUUCAUCAGGCGUCAAGCUUAUAGAGAUCAAAGACUUUGGUGAUACACAGAUGAUGCUGAAGGAGAAAGCAGGGUCUUUUAGUCUGGUUCUUGAAAGACCUUUCACGCCAUUUCCGAUUCAACAACUGCUGCUUUCAGACGAUCUAGAUAUUCUAUUUAACAGAGGUAGAGUACCUAUUGCUACUUGGAAGAAAGAAGUUUUGGCAUCAAAUUUACAAGCAUCAGAUGCAAGCAGUGGGAGUUCUGGCUUUACGACUUUCUCCUCUAAGUUCUCAACAUCACAAGGUUGGAAAUUUCUUAAUUAUCAAAAUGGAGAUGUAAAAUCACAUAUGCAGAGAAAAAUUCUCACGCCUCAAAUCAGCCAAAUUGUUGGUAUAUUUACUGAAGAGGAGCCUGGAGAUGGAGAAUGGGCUCAUGGGAGCUUCCCUCUAGAUGAAUACGUAAAGGCGUUAGAACGGUCGAAAGGGGAGCUAUAUUAUGAUCACUCUCGUGGUAUGAGCUACAGUAAGAUCACAGAGCAAAUUUAUGUGGGGUCAUGUAUACAGACUGAAGCAGAAGUGGAGACUUUGUCAAAUAGCGUGGGAGUCACUGCUGUACUGAAUUUUCAAAGUGCAACUGAGGCAGGAAACUGGGGAAUUAAUUCCAAGUUAAUCAAUGAGUCAUGCCAAAAAUUUGAUAUUCUCAUGAUCAACUACCCCAUCAGGGAGGGAGAUUCUUAUGAUUUGAGGAAAAAACUUCCAUUCUGUGUGGGCCUACUUCUACGAUUGUUGAAAAAGAAGCACCGAGUUUUUGUAACUUGUACCACUGGUUUUGAUCGAUCUCCAGCAAGUGUGAUUGCAUAUCUACACUGGAUGACCGAUACUUCUCUUCAUGCAGCUUAUAACUUUAUCACCAGUUUGCACUCCUGCAAACCUGACAGGCCAGCAAUCGCUUGGGCUACAUGGGAUCUGAUAGCAAUGGUGGAAAAUGGAAGACAUGAUGGACCCCCCACUCAUGCUGUUACCUUCGUAUGGAAUGGACAAGAGGGGGAGGAUGUAAAUUUGGUUGGAGAUUUUACUGGUAACUGGAAAGAACCGGUCAAGGCAAGUCACAAGGGUGGGCCCAGAUAUGAAGUAGAAAUGAAACUUCCUCAGGGAAAGUACUACUACAAGUACAUCACAAAUGGCCAGUGGAGGCACUCAACAACUUCACCUGCUGAAAGGGAUGAUAGAGGGAAUGUCAACAACGUAAUAGUCAUUGGUGAUACAGCCAGUGUUAGGCCUUCAGUUCAACCGCAAAUAAAAGAUGCAAAUAYUGUGAAGGUAAUUGAAAGACCGCUGACAGAAAAUGAGCGGUUUACGCUGGCGAAAGCGGCUCGUUGUGUUGCAUUUUCUGUAUGUCCAAUUAGACUAACUCCCAAGUAGUUUGAUCACAUUUUGAACUGUAAAUUGCUCUUUGGUGUCCCCUACUUCAUACAUGUAAUAAUAUUCACAAUGUAAUAUGAAUAGGAUAUUAUGUUCAGUAAAUUAGUAAAUUAGUGCAGCUAAAAA